AAAGAGACUCUCAAAAAAUAAACCCACAAAUAUAAAGUUCUGUUUUGUUCUUCCUCUACACUUUUUCUUUUCCUCUUCAUAAAAAAUCACAUAAAUUAAUCACAUAAAUUAAUUAAAUUUUAUGUUCUUUUUCCGCCAUUGAAGAAGUGGUGAAGAACACGACUUUUUCCUCUGUAAUCGAUAUUAAUCUUCUGAUCAAUGUCUAUCACUGUUUAAUUUCUAGAAAAGACUGAUUUUGAAGUUGUUCGGUUGUGGACUUGAAAGAGAGAGAAAAGGAGAAGGUUUUGAGUUUUCGAUCAUGGCGGUUGCUGAAAACAGCGUUGCAUCGAGUGAGAAUAACUUCGAAACCACUGAUCUUGAACGAUCAAACGGAAAUCACAUCCACAACAAUGAGAAGAUUGAGAAACUUAGCUUUAAGUCUCAGUCUAUGCCGAAAAACGACGACGUUGUUGUCGUCGAAGAUGACAGGAAGAACAACAACAAAACUGAUGAUUUGCCUAAGAUUAUGAAUUUUGAGAAUGGUGAUACCUAUGAUCAUGUUGAUUUGAGUGAAAAUGGCGAUGAUGAUUAUGAGAAUAUCAAAAAGAAUAAUCGUCAUCUGAUGAAUGGAAAAGAAGAAGGGUUUAAGAAGGAUAUUAGGGAUUUACAGGAGAUGUUAUCAAAGUUAAACCCUAUGGCAAAAGAAUUUGUGCCAACUUCUUUGGUUAAUUACAGGACUAUUAAUAAUAAUAUUAAUGCUAAUAGCAACAAUUUUGGUUUUAUGAGCAAUUUUUUAAUUCAUCCUAAUGUUGGCGGUACUGGUGGUAAUGUCAAUGGAUUCACUGGUAGAAAGAAAAAAAAUGGCUAUGCUCAAGGGAAGAGGAGGAUGAAUAACCGCACUACUAUGGCUCAGAGAGAGGAUGUAAUUCGGAGAACCGUGUAUGUUUCCGAUAUCGAUCAACAGGUAACUGAAGAGCAACUUGCAGCACUUUUCAUCAACUGUGGACCGGUUGUUGAUUGUCGUGUCUGUGGUGAUCCAAAUUCAGCCCUUCGCUUUGCUUUUGUGGAAUUUACUGAUGAAGAGGGUGCUAUGGCUGCUUUAAGCCUUUCAGGUACUGUGCUUGGAUUUUAUCCUAUCAGAGUGCUGCCUUCUAAAACUGCUAUUGCUCCCGUCAAUCCUACUUUCUUGCCAAAGUCUGAAGAUGAGAGAGAAAUGUGUGCAAGAACUGUUUAUUGCACCAACAUUGAUAAGAAGGUUACACAAGCUGAUGUCAAACAUUUUUUUGAAACAUACUGUGGAGAGGUACAACGCCUGAGGUUGCUUGGAGACUAUCAUCAUUCAACUCGCAUUGCUUUUGUGGAGUUUGCUAUUGCUGAAAGUGCAAUAUUUGCCCUCAGCUGCAAUGGUAUAAUGCUGGGAGGGCUGCGCAUCAGGGUGAGCCCGUCAAAGACUCCUGUUCGCCCUCGACCUCCUCGUUCACCAGUGCACUGAAUGGAAGUUGGUUUUCUCCUGACAAAGUCGUAGCCGAUCCUUAUCUCCACAUAUAUAUACAUAUAUAUAAAUACACAGAAUAGUAUGAAGGUACUCGUGGCGUCGUUAGUCUUGUCUUUUAAUAUCCUGUGCCCAGUAUCCUAUUUUUACUUAUAGGGAGGUAUUUCCUUUCAAGGCUUUGUUCAUUUGAACAUGUAGAGAGUUUGAAGGCAAUUUCCGAGGCUCUUUUUUUUUUUUUUUUUUUUAUAAUUAAGUUCUGACUUCUGAGUGAAUUUAUGGUGCCACAGCAAAGAUUGACUUAAUCUCUGCUGGAGAUUUGUCUGCGUUGACUUGUGGCCUUUGCAGAUGUUCUCUUCCGACAUUUCUUAUGCUCAGAAAUUUACGGGUUCAAUUAAUUUUUUUUUUUUCCUAUUUCUAAAAAUAUGAUUUGCUCUGUUUAAAGCUCCACCUUUUUGACCCCGCAAAGGAGAUUUAAAAGAAAGGCUAUACAUUUUUGAAUAUUGACUCUUAGAUGGUCUAAAUGGUGUACGAUGACGUAGUCAUGAAUGUUGUUCGUCAGAAAUGUGGAACUUGUUUUGGGCUUCUUUGUUGGGUUGUGGUCAUCUUUGGGCUGUGAACGCUGCUGUUCUGUUUAACUGGGCUAGGCUGGGCUGGGCUGGGCUGUCUUGAGAACACUAUGUGAUGUCUUUUGAAAUGGCAAAGUGGGUGUCCAAUAAUUGAUCAUUGUGUGUUGGUUGUUGGUCAGUUCAGUUGAUUUGUUUGACUAGAGGUAGCAUUGACGUUUUACUAGUUAAGUUAGUCAUUUAAGUCAAUUGAUAUGAAAAUGCUUGAUAAAAAUAUAAUAGUUAAAUUCAAUUGAAAUGUUGGUUGUUACUUGUUUAGUUAUGAUUGUAAAUAUAUAAAUGGCUUACAAAUUGUAAUAUGAGACGGUUUUUUUGAGAUGUUUUUCAUACAUAGGUUAAAUAACCUAUCUAAUAU